UGCAGCGCGCAGCCGGCAGCCCUCCGGCCCGCGUCCAGGGACGCCCCCGGCCGGCUCCGGGCCCCAGCCCCGCGCCCUCGGCGAGCCGGGCGUUAGAGCUGCGCCAGCGGCAUGGCAGCCUCAGGGGUGUUCCGAAGGUGUGACAUUCUCCUGGUCUAUAGCCCGGAUGCCGAGGAAUGGUGCCAGUACCUCCAGGACCUUUUCCUGUCCAGUCGGCAGGUCCGUGGCCAGAAGACGCUGACUUACCGGCUGGGCCCCGACGCUUUCUUCUCAGCUGAGGACCUGACCUUCUUCCUCAGCACGCGCUGCAUCGUGGUGCUGCUGUCGGCAGAGCUGGUGCAGCACUUCGGCCAGCCGGCCCAGCUGCCGCUGCUGCAGAGAGCCUUCCACCCGCCGCACCGCAUGGUCCGGCUGCUCUGCGGGGUGCGGAACAGCAAGGAGUUCCUGGACUUCUUUCCAGAGUGGGCACACUGGCAGGAGCUCACCUGUGACGACGAGCCCGAGACCUAUUUGGCAGCUGUGAAGAAGGCCAUUUCUGAAGAUUCUGGCUGUGACUCAGUCACCGACACUGAAACUGAGGACGAGAAGGUCCUGCCCUACUCGAAGCAGCAGAGCCUGCCGCUGGAGACUUCACCUGGGAACCUGAUGGUGGUGCAGCCAGACCGCAUUCGCUGUGGGGCAGAAACCACCAUCUACGUCAUUGUGAGAUGUAAGCUGGAUGAGAGAGUGACGACAGAAGCAGAAUUCUCUCCAGAGGAUUCUCCCUCCAUUAGGGUGGAGGGCAAGCUGGAGAAUGAGUACACGGUUUCCGUGAAGGCCCCCGCCCUUUCUUCUGGGAAUGUUUCUCUGAAGAUAUAUUCCGGGGACUUGGUGGUGUGCGAAGCCAUUAUCAGCUAUUACACUGACAUGGAAGAAAUCGGGAAUUUAUUGUCCAAUGCUGCGAAUCCUGUGGAAUUCAUGUGUCAGGCCUUUAAAAUUGUGCCCUACAACACAGAGACGCUCGAUAAGCUGCUCACGGAGUCCCUGAAGAACAACAUCCCCGCAAGUGGACUGCACCUCUUUGGGAUCAACCAGCUGGAAGAAGAAGAUAUGAUGACAAAUCAGAGGGAUGAAGAGCUGCCCACCUUGUUGCAUUUUGCUGCGAAGUACGGACUGAAGAACCUCACUGCUUUGUUGCUCACCUGCCCGGGAGCCCUACAAGCAUACAGUGUGGCCAACAAACACGGCCACUACCCCAACACCAUUGCCGAGAAACAUGGCUUCAGGGACCUGCGGCAGUUCAUCGAUGAAUAUGUGGAAACUGUGGACAUGCUGAAGAGUCACAUCAAAGAGGAACUGAUGCAAGGGGAGGAGGCCGACGACGUGUAUGAGUCCAUGGCCCACCUCUCCACAGACCUGCUCAUGAAAUGCUCCCUCAACCCGGGCUGUGACGAGGAGCUGUACGAGUCCAUGGCUGCCUUCGUCCCCGACGCCACUGAGGACCUCUAUGUCGAAAUGCUUCAGGCCAGUACAUCUAGCCCAAUCGCUGGAGAAAGUUUCUCCCGGACCACUAAGGACUCUAUGAUCCGCAAGUUUUUAGAAGGCAAUAAUGUGGGCAUCCCCACUCUGGAGAAGGAGCCGUUCCAUCAUGAUCCGGAAGAUGUUUAUCACACAGUGGAAGACGAUGAGGCCUUUUCCCUGGACCUGGCCAGCAGGCCCCCCGUCCCAGUGCCCAGGCCAGAGGCCAGUGCUUCUGGUGCUCACCAGGUGCCCGACAAUGAACCGUACAUUUCUAAAGUUUUUGCAGAAAAAAGUCAGGAGCGGCCUGGGAAUUUCUAUGUUUCCUCAGAGAGCAUCAGGAAAGAGCCUCCCGUCAGACCGUGGAGAGACAGGCCCCCGUCAAGUAUAUAUGAUCCUUUUGCUGGGAUGAAAACGCCGGGCCAGCGGCAGCUCAUCACCCUCCAGGAGCAGGUGAAGCUGGGCAUCGUCAACGUGGACGAAGCUGUGCUCCACUUCAAAGAGUGGCAGCUCAACCAGAAGAAGCGGUCGGAAUCCUUUCGCUUCCAGCAGGAAAAUCUUAAACGGCUAAGAGAUAGCAUCACCCGAAGACAGAGAGAGAAGCAAAAAACAGGAAAGCAGACAGCCUUGGAGAUCACCGUCCCGAUUAGGCACUCACAGCUGCUGCCCAGCAAGGUGGAGAUUGGAGUAUACGAGAGUGGCCCCAGGAAAAGCGUCUUCCCCCCAAGGACGGAGCUGAGACGAGGAGACUGGAAGACAGACAGCACCUCCAGCACAGCGAGUAGCAUGAGUAACCGAUCCAGCACUCGAAGCCUCCUCAGUGUGAGCAGCGGGAUGGAGGGGGACAAUGAGGAUAAUGAAGUCCCUGAGGUUACCAGGAGUCGGAGUCCAGGCCCCCUACAAGUGGACGGAACACCCGCCCUGCCCCUUGAUAGGCCGCCCAGGGUGCCUCCCCGAGCUGCCUCACAGAGGCCUCCAGCCAGGGAGAUCUUCCAUCCUCCUCCACCUGUUCCACGCAGAGGUCGUUGAGUCCACCUCCUGAAAGCUGCCUUCUCCAGGACUUUGAAACGAGCAGUUUCCAACCUGCUAAUGAUGUCUUCAUGUUGCGUUUUUAUGGCGUGACUGCUGACCUUGAGACCCACUCUCAUUACUGAUAUUGUUGUGGCCCUGCUGGUUUGGGCUUUCCUUAAAGAAGAUACUAUAGAGGCAUGAAGGAGGGAAAAACUAAGGGCUUUCGUCACCAUUGCCAAGUAUAUUGACCCAUACCCUUGUUUGCCAAAAGGAUGAAGACUUAGUUGGGAUACUUACCUCUAAUUUGACAUGUCGGAAGCCUGAAAGAUUGGUUAGAAAUGUACAUUACACAUGAUUUUACUGAAAUGCAUUUAUAUUAGGCCUUACUUAUUUGUUAGUCCAGACUAAUUUCUACAAGUGGUUAUGGUUUAGUACUUACAAUAUUCAAGUAAGAAGACAUAUCCCGAUUUUUAAAUGAUUCUUCAACUUUUCUGUUGAACAGGCCAGCACUGUUCCUUCAUCUUGUAUGAAAACCUGUGAGCAGAUACCCAACUCUGUAAAUAACAAAGUAUGAAGACCGAGAGACUGUGAACAGGAGGCUGGUGUUGCAGUCAAACGCAGGAGGGUGUGUAAAUGCCAGGGCUGGUCACAGACAACAAUCUGAAAAGGCCUUUAGAGAGGGAUUAGUCCCAGCUUCCCUGAUCUAGAAGUCAAAUCCAAGGUUCCACAGAUGCCUGGAUCUGAGAGUAUUCGGCUGGCUAGAGGAAGAGGCAGUUCAGAAUCUGGGCCUGCGAAUUCCAGGUGACCACACUUUCCAUCUCCAAAUAGCCAAGCCCGUUCCCUCAGGCAGUGCCCAGAUGUAGACAUUCAGUCAGUGACUGACUCUUGUCCUCUGGAAGUCUCUUCCAUGAUUUCCCAGGUAUGGAACUGCCAUGUAUUUUUCCCCCAAACUUGGGCAUUAAUACUUCAGUGUGCUUUCAAAAAAGUGAUGCUGCCAAGGAACAUCUAUUAGUGGUUGGAACCAGAAGCUUGGGAUGCCAGGGACCCCAUUUAUUGCUCUGCCGUCUUUAUAGGUCUUAGUUCUGGCCAUAAAGAGAGAGGAGGGCCCUUGGCAUUUUCUCUGCUAAGGGGGUAGAGGGGAAGGAAGAACCUAAAGUAGAAAUAGUUAUUUUCUUAUACACCUAUUAUUACCACUGGGCUUGGGAAAUCUGUUUGUGCAGAGAAUAUAGAGCCUAAAGUAUGUCAUUAAUUUUGAGUCCCUGCCACAUCAAUCUACCUUCAAAACACAGGUCUUUCAUUUGAUAUUUAUACAUAUAAUAAAAUUAGUAUUGGACCUAUUUAUUUAAAAAAUGUCAGAAAUCUUGUAGUUUUCCAGGAAAUUAUUCUCUGUUCUAUACAGGUGUAUAAAAGCCACACUAUUAAAGAUCAUUUAGUACCAUUUUAUUGGGUUCUUUUUUAAUAAUUAAAGGUUCUUUUUCGAUCUCA